ACAUCACAAAGAAAGUACACUCCAAAAUAUCUUUGGGAUUCGGAGAGGAUCCUUUCUCUCAGAAAGCUCUCAAAUUUCACUACAAAACUCGAAUUCGGCAACCCAAAUUCCAGAAAUCGCAUCAAAUCCGAAAACCCAAUUCUCAAAAUCCUCUUCCAAAAGUAAAAAUCCUGUCUUUUGGUACUGAGGUUACUAAUAAUUUGUGGGAACCGUUAACCAUGGAUGGAGUGGUGGUGAAGGAGGAGGAGACAAGCUUCCCGCCGCAGCCAGUGGAGGGGCUGCACGAGGUGGGUCCGCCGCCGUUUCUCACUAAGACGUUUGAAAUGGUGGAGGAUCCUUCCACGGACGCCAUUGUUUCCUGGACCAGAGCUCGCAACAGCUUCGUUGUGUGGGACUCUCACAAGUUCUCCACCACUCUCCUUACUCGCUACUUCAAGCACAGUAACUUCUCCAGCUUCAUUCGUCAACUCAAUACUUACGGUUUCAGAAAGGUUGAUUCGGACCGAUGGGAAUUCGCCAACAAAGGGUUUCUAGGAGGGCAGAGGCAUUUGCUGAAGACCAUCAAGAGGAGGAGACAUGUCUCACAGAGUAUGCAACAAGAAGGUGGAGGAGGAGAUUGUGUUAAAUUGGGGCAGUACGGAGUAGAAACCGAGCUUGAAAGACUGAAAAGAGACCGAAACGUUUUGAUGACGGAGCUUGUGAAGUUGAGGCAGCAGCAACAUAAUUCAAGGGAGCAAGUCAUGGUAAUGGAAGGCCGGUUGCUGGCCACGGAGAAAAAACAGCAGCAGAUGACCAAUUUCCUUGCCCAAGCACUCAAUAGUCCAUCUUUUCUCCAGCACCUUGCUGAGAAGAAUGCUAAGAAUAGAAAGUUGCACGGUAUUGAAAUUGGUCGAAAACGCAGACUGGCUGCUAGUCCCAGUCUUGAGAAUCUGCAAGAAGCGCCUGUAAUCGAUGUCGAAGACUACUCGGCAAACCAGGAUCAGGGAGAGUUGGCAAAUAUGGAGCCGGAUAUUGAGAACUUUCUCUCAACUGCUGCAUUGGACAACAAAGCGAGCAGUGGUAUCAAGGACCCUAAUCCGAGUUUAGUAUCCACAAGUACUACUGGAGGCCACUUGGAUUCUGUUAGUGAGACUAUAUGGGAGGAGCUGUGGAGUGAUGACCUCAUUGGUGGCAACCCGGAGGAGGAAGCUGUCGUGGUGGGCGAUGAAUCAGAAAUCGACGUUGAGGUGGAUGAUUUGGUUGCAGAGCCGGCUGAUUGGGGUAAGGACUUGCAAGAGCUUCUUGAUGAAAUGGGUUAUCAGACCCAACCCAAGCCGUGACGACGAUAACGAAAGUGUCUGAUGAUGAUGAAGUGCAACGUGUGCUAGUUGUCCCCUACAACUCCGUUCCUAUAUCUAUAUAUUGGUAUAUUGAUUCAAGAACUUGGCUUUCAUUUACUAAUUGGUAUGUAUGUUUGUUGAUUUGCUGUAAGCGAUAAAUAAUGCAACGAUCGGUGACGUGCAGAAGGGAAUGGUGAAUGUUGCAGAGGGCCCAACACGAAUGCUGCUGUUUCUUUGUAUCCUUUGAAUGAUUUUGCUUAAUUUGAAUGAUUGCUGCUUCCUGCUUGUACUUUUUGAAUGUGUGUUUCUUUGUAUCCAAUGGUCUUGAUUUUCUGUUUCUUCUUUCCUGCAUUGCAGGCGGAGGAGUCAUCGGAGACUGGUGAAGGGUUUCGAUCCUUGAAGCUUAUGCUUUAAUUUGAUGUAGCUUUAGAUCGAUGUAGCCUGUGUAGAUAGCAGUUAGCAGUUAUCAACUUAAUUUUGUUGAUGGAUGAUUAGCGUUAAUUUGUUUCCUUUUAAUUUUGUUGUUUAGUCUAAUGUAAUGCUUUGUUUUUCUAUAUGAACUAGUAUUUAUGAAAUUAUGAAGAACUGUGUUUUCACUGAUUA